UGAUACUUUUCAGUUUUGAAAUAGUUUUGAAAUUGGGUCUCUCUUAUGGAAUGGCUCGAAACAAAUUUCCAAUCAAGCAAGGAGGAAGAGUUCUAUGCAUUAGUCAUGGGCUGCUGGGGGAUUUGGUUUGAAAGAAAUAAACGAGUUUGGCAGGGCAUUGGAUCUAAUGCCAGGCAGAUUGUUGCUCGUACCAGAGCAUACUUCGAAGGAUGGUGUAAAGCACAACAAAGAGGAGUGUAUUCUGCCUCCUCUAAUUUGGUGGAGCAAUCUGCUGGUAUGGUUUCCUGGAGAAGGCCCAUGCAUGGGAUUGUAAAACUCAACGUUGAUGCCUCUUUGACAGAUUCAAGGUGUGGGCUAGGAUGGGUGCUCCGGAAUGACCAGGGGGAGUUCUUGGCAGGUGGGGCAUGUCCGGAGCUGGGAGGGACUGAGGGAGUACCCUGUAGAGGCGGAAUUGAUGGGUAUACGGGAGGCUCUUAGUUGGCUAAAGGAACAAGAGUGGAUGUUUAUUGAUGUUGAAUCGGAUUCCGUGCAAGCUAUUACGGGAGGCUCUUAGUUGGCAGAAGAUAUUAUUAUUUUGAGUAGACAUUUUUCUAGUAUUUCCUUCUCGCAUGUGAGGUGGUCUGCGAAUACAGUUGCUCACGCUUUGGCUAGGGUGGCGUGUUCUUUGUCUGAUCGCUGUAUUUGGCAUUAUAAUCCACCUGAUUUUAUUAUUCAUGUACUUCAUCACGAUUUGGCAU